AAGGUGAAUACAAAAAUGGGAGGGAAAGACAACGUUUCCCGCCAAUUCACUUACCCUCUAAAAACCACCCAUCGUCCUCUCCCCAUCUGCAAAACCCUGAAAAAAAAAUCGAAAAUCGCCACCAAAUCUGUCACCUUCACUAAACAACAAUACACAAAAAUGCCAACCGAAACUCCUAGAAAGCAAUUUCAAUCCCCAAAAAAACCCAAGCAGUCCCCUAAUAAUGUCAAAUCACAAUCAUCCACUCCUUCGAUUCAUCUAUCCCCUCAAACCCCACAACUUCCCCUUCGUAGAUCUUCACGUCGGUCUCUUCAACCUUUCACUUCAAAAACAGUAGAUGAAAUGCUAGAUCUAAGCACGCCUCGAAAAGCUUUGGAAGAUUUGGAUGGAAUUGGGAAGUGUUCUGGGAAUAAUCGAAAGGAAUCCAGUGUAAGGACGCCUAGAGCCCCGAAAUGUAAGUUCAAUGAGGAGGAUAGGGAAAUCCCAGAAAUGGGUAAAGUGGGUGAAGGGAAUGGUGUGGUUGAGGAUGCGUUUUGUCCGGUGUCACCUGAGGCGUUGGAGAGUAAGAAGACGAAAAAGGGAUUGAGUGAGGAGGGGAGUGUAAAGAUGGGGAAAAGCCCUAAAUGUAAGCUCAACGAAGAUCUGGGUAAAUUGGGUGAGGGGAAUGGUGACGUUGUGUUACCGGAGAAGAGGAAAAAGGGGUUGAGAAACGAGGAGAGUGUAAAGACGCGGAAAAGCUUGAGAUGUAAGCUCAGUGAGGAAAGGGAAAUCCCAGAUUUGGGUAAAUUGGGUGAGGCUACGUUUUUUCCGGUGUCACCUCAGGCGUUGGAGAGUAAGAAGAGGAAGAAGGGGGAAGAGAAAAGAGCGGUAACUAGAGCUAUGGCGACAAGGAGUUUGAAGAAGGUAAAUAAGGAGGAGAAGAAGGGGAGGAAGCGGGUUUAUUAUAAGAAAGUGGUGUAUGAUGGGGGUGAGUUUGAGGUGGGAGAUGAUGUGUACGUGAAGAGAAGGGAGGACGCGAGCUCAGAUGAUGAGGUUCCUGAAAUGGAGGAGUGUAGAGUUUGCUUCAAGGUAGGGAGGGGUGUGAUGAUCGAGUGUGAUGAUUGUCUAGGUGGAUUUCACUUGAAGUGCUUGACGCCGCCAUUGAAAGAGGUUCCUGAUGGCGAUUGGGUUUGUGGGUUUUGCCAGGCUCGGAAAUUAGGCAAAGAUGUCGAGUUUCCGAAGCCCCCGGAGGGGAAGAAGAGGGUUAGGACUUUAAGGGAAAAGCUGCUUGCCAGUGAUUUAUGGGCUGCCCGUAUUGAAAGUUUGUGGAAAGAAGUAGAUGGUAGCUAUUGGUUACGUGGACGUUGGUAUAUUAUACCAGAAGAGACUGCAAGUGGGAGACAACCUCAUAAUUUGAAAAGGGAGCUUUAUCGGACAAAUGAUUUUGCCGACAUAGAGAUGGAAUCCAUCAUUAGGCAUUGUAAUGUCAUGAGCCCCAAAGAAUACGCCAAGGCCAAUGAUCAAGGGGAUGAUGUUUUCCUAUGUGAAUAUGAAUAUGAUAUUCAAUGGCACAGUUUCAAGCGUCUAGCUGAGAUUGAUAAUGAUGAAGAUGGUGAAUGUGCCAACGGUGAUGAAGACUGGAAUUCUUGCAAGGAAGAUGACUCCGAUACAGAUGAAGAUAUGGAAUAUGAAGAGGAAAAUGAAAGGAAUGCACAUGCUAGACCAUCCACAACUCAUCAAUUGGCUGCAAACUCUCGGAAGGGCCGUUUCUUUGGUAUUCAAAAAGUAGGGACAAAAAUGAUCCCAGAGCAUGUGAGGUGCCACAAGCAGACUGAGCUGGAAAGGGCAAAAGCAACACUUUUGUUGGCAACAUUACCAAAGUCUUUACCUUGUAGGAAUAAAGAAAUGGAGGAGAUAACAACUUUUGUAAAAGGAGCCAUAUGUGAUGAUCAGUGCCUUGGGCGUUGCCUUUAUAUUCAUGGUGUUCCUGGAACAGGCAAAACAAUGAGUGUAUUGGCAGUAAUGAGGAACAUAAAGUCAGAAGUUGAUGCAGGAAGCAUAAGACCUUACUGUUUUGUGGAGGUUAAUGGUCUAAAGUUGGCUGCACCAGAGAAUAUUUACACAGUCAUAUAUGAAGCCUUAACUGGACAUAGGGUUAGUUGGAAAAAGGCUCUGCAAUUACUGAAUGAACGGUUUUCAGAUGGAAAGAAAAUUGCUAAGGGGGAUGACCGACCUUGUAUUCUACUUAUUGAUGAGCUUGAUCUUCUUGUAACCAGAAACCAAUCGGUACUAUACAACAUUCUUGACUGGCCUACUAAGCCUCAUUCCAAGUUAAUUGUGAUAGGAAUAGCAAAUACAAUGGAUCUUCCAGAGAAGUUACUUCCUCGCAUUUCAAGCCGAAUGGGUAUUCAAAGACUCUGUUUUGGUCCCUACAAUUAUCAGCAGCUACAGGAAAUUAUAUCAAGUCGUUUGAAAGGAAUCGAUGCGUUUGAAAAGCAAGCAGUAGAAUUUGCUUCAAGAAAGGUAGCAGCCAUUUCAGGGGAUGCACGCCGUGCCCUAGAGAUAUGCAGGCGUGCAGCUGAAAUUGCAGAUUAUAAUAUGAAGAAUCAAAUUUCAAGUGUGAAUUCUUCUAGAGUGAAAGACGUUGUUACUAUGGCUGAUGUCGAUGCAGCCAUUCAGGAAAUGUUCCAGGCACCUCAUGUCCAAGUAAUGAAAAGCUGUUCUAAACUGAGUAAAAUCUUCUUAACUGCAAUGGUUUAUGAGCUAUACAAAACAGGGAUGGGGGAAACCACAUUUGAAAAGUUGGCAAUGACAUUUUCAUGUCUCUGCACAAGCAAUGGAGAAGCGUUUCCUGGUUGGGACACACUUCUGAAAGUUGGCUGCAAGCUCGGAGAAUGCAGAAUUAUUCUGUGUGAAGCCGGUGAUAGGCACAUGGUGCAGAAGUUGCAGCUCAAUUUUCCCAGUGAUGAUGUUGCUUUUGCACUGAAAGGCAGCAAGGAUCUGCCAUGGUUGGCCAAGUACUUAUGAUUCUACAAACCUGCAAUUACAUUUCAAUUCUUAAACAUAUAGCUACAGGUUUUGACCCAGUUUUCAUUAUAAGAUCCUCCUUAUAUUUAAGUCACAGUCGUUGCAAUGUUUUAGCUUAUGAUCUUUGGAAGAGGAGAUUGUUCCAAUUUGAGGCAUUGUUACUUUUCAUUAUGAAAAAUGCUGAUAUGAACUGAAACAUUUUCUAGUUUUUAUUUAUAUAUACAUUCUGAAAAUAGUUUGGACAA